GUACACAUACAUACAUAUACAUGUAUGUAUUAUAUAUAAAUGUAUCUUAAUAUUUGUCACAGAUUUCGAUAUAUCAUAUUUCAAAUAGAUAGGUUUACGUAUCAACGCAAACUUAUGGGUUAGGUUUUUGAUGACAGUACCAAUGACGCAUGUUGUGUAAAUUGUGUAAGAUUCAUUAAUUUAAUAAUAAAAACAAAAGUAUUGUAUUAAAAAAUAUUUUAUAUAUUAUUAAUAAGUGCUGAGUUAUAAUAUGUAAGGUAAUAUUAAUAAAAAAAUUAAUUAAAUUGAUUUAAUUAUGCUGAUAUUGUAAUUAUAAAAUAAAACAAUUUGGUUAAACAUGAGUAAGAAAAAAGAUGUACAAAAUUAUACUCCAAAAAUGAUUGAAGAUGAUAAAAAUAAAAUUAGUGACAGGCAACUAAUUGUUUUAAGUGAACAGGAUAAAAAUUUAGAAGAAGAACUGUUGUGUUAUGUAGCAAAGAGUAAGGCAAUUUUUAAGAGUCAACAAAAAAAUGAUCCAGAUUUAACUUUUGAAGAAAAAUUAACAAUUGCACGCAAUAUUCUUCAAAAAAGUAAUUGUUUAUUUUUGUCUAAAUUUGGUCAUUAUAUGAAAAAAGAACAUUUAAAAUUAUUUGAAAAAAGUAAAGAUGAAGAUUAUGAAGUUGCUUAUCAUUUUAACAGAUUACAAAGAUAUUUUAAUAAUUCAACAAGACAAACAGAUGUUAGAAAUAGAAGAUAUCAAGCAUUAAAAACUUUAAUAGAAGAAGGAGAAUAUUUUAGUGAAUCUGAAAUGAUGAAAAGGAAUCCAUUGUUAUAUGAACAUUUAAUUGGACAAUAUAUGACUGAAAAACAAAAGAAAAUUAGAGAUAAUAUAGAUACUAAAAAUAUUACUUUUGUAAAUUUAUUGAUGGAAAAUAUUGAAAGGGAUAAUUUAAAGAAAAAACAGAAAUUACAAGAGGAAGAAGAACAAAAUGUACUAGAAGAAAAUGAUUCAGAUGAAGAACAAACAGAUAUAUGUGUUUCAAAGAAUAAUGAAAAAGAAACUGAAUAUUGGGGUAAAACAUCUAAUUUCAAAAAUAUAGUACAUAAAAAUGAAACAUUAAAAAAUUUUCAUUGUAUUUCAAAGACAGAAAAACAAAUACUUAAACAAGAGUUUGUAACAAACAUGUAUCAAAAUUUUUUGGAUGGAAAAGAUACAGAUUUUGAUUAUAGCACUGUUGAUGAUAAUGAAACAUAUGAUAAUAUAGAUUUAAAAACCCAGGAUGAAGAAGAUAAAUAUUUUGAUUCAGAAUCACCUGAAACUAUAGGACCAACUGAAGAUCCAAAUGAAAUUGAAAGUGAGGAUGAACUGGAUAUAUAUAUGAAAUCAUUGAAGGAACAGGUUUCUACAGAUAAACUCAAGCUUGGAUAAUCUUAUAUGUGAUGAAUACUCUCAGAUGUAGUCUUAUACAUGUACAUUAAUUUAGAUGCAAUAUUUAUAAAUAAAAAUAUAUAAAA